AUGGCAACAAUAGGUGGACCACCUCCUCGAGGUUAUGAGCGACCCCGGAGGCCAGAGGCGGAUGCUCGCAAUGAAAACAAAGGAGCCACUGGGGAUGGCUCAACGUCCAGAGCUCAACUGUUUCAAGAUGAAAAGCGGAGAAUCAUCAGUAGCUGUUUCUCCAAACAGGAUAGCGACGGUGCUUUAACCGAGUCAUAUAUCACCCACAUACGGAUCACUGAAGAUGCAGCUUAUCCGACGACCCCGGCACCACCAAGCUCCCCGCCCGAGAAUAAGAAAGCUCGGUUGAUCAUUGUCGCAUUGCGGAAAUCAGGCCGCGUUCGUAUGCAUAAGGCUCGCGAGAACAACGAUGGCACGUUUUCAAUAGGCAAAACAUGGAUGCUGGACGACUUGACUUCAAUACAGUGUUUCAGCGAUUUACCUGCCACUACUCCGACUGAACAGCAGCAGAAACAAUGGGCGUCAAAUGUUGGAUUUGUCGUGACUGUAGGGAAACCAUAUUACUGGCAAGCAUCGAAUUACAAGGAGAGAGACUUCUUUAUCGCCAGCCUAGUCAAGAUCUACAAAAAGUAUACCGGCGGCCGAGUUCCUAAGCUGAUUGGCUUCGAUGAGAAGCAAAAGCAAGCCUUGAUUGGAGAUGCUGGCCAGGCGGCACUACGCCCUAGCACGCCGUCUUCUCAAGGCCCUCAACCAAGUCAGGCCGCGAAUCGUGCCCCGAGCCGCGAAGGAAGGAAUGAACAAAGGCCCCCUCUGUCCGAGGAGCAAAAACUCCGAUCUCAGCGUAGUCGCGACGCGGCGCUUCGGCCCUCCCCGUCUCCAGGUCGGCCUCCACAGUUACCAAGGGUUCGCGACGACCUUCCAUCGAGUCUCAAUAGUCGGGUAUCUGAAACUGAUAGACCACCGAAACCACUCUAUGCAGAGACUCCCCAAGUUGUUUCUAAAGGUCGAGAAAAUAGCCCUGCCAACAUUCGACAGCGAGGACCGCCUCAACCUGAGGAUGAAAAGGUGCCGUACGGAGUAUUUUCUAAUCCAGCCUUGGAUAUGGCAAGAGAACCGCUGCGCCCUGGCACAUCUGGUUCCGGAUCAGCUCCAUCAAUUCCACCCUUAACCAAUCAAUCUCUAUCUUUGGAUAAUAGCAUGCUGUCAGGAACAUCUAGUAGAGGUGAUGCGCCACCCUCACGAGGAAGUAAUGUCUCCAAUCGGUCCUCGAGGAACCUUGAAGAUCUCCCUCCAGCCCUUCGAUCGGGGUCGUCCAGUGGCAUCAAAAACAAUGUCUCCACAGACUCCGUCAACAUCUCACGAGAAGCAAAUGAACCUGAACCCGCACCCACCACAACUUCCUCAAUGCCGGAUGCUCCUCUUUCACAGGCAGUUUCGGAGACUGUCGAGUCUUCUCCGGUCCCAGGUUCAAUUUCAGAGACACCUGAAUCGCCUUUGCAGGUAAAAGCCCCUGUAGAACCCUCACAGCCUUCAGUUACUAUUGAAAAGCCGCCUACUCCACCAAUUCCGGAAGAAACGGAGGACUCAGAAGCUCACCGUCCUGGUCUUGGACCUAUGAUCAAAAAGAAGUCAGGGAAGGAUAUUGCUGGCGCUUUUCGUAGGGCUGCUACUGCAUAUGGUGCUUUCAAGCCUCGGCCCGGAGGAGCUGGUGAGCGGCUAUUGGCGAAGGAGAAGACGCAGACGAACGAACCUGAUGGCAUUACGAGUGUCGUUCCAGCUCCCUUGUUACGGGGACUGAGCAGCGAAUCAACAAAACCUGCAACUCCGGAGCCAGUGAGCAAUCAGGCAACGCCUUUGCAAGAGUCUCCGGCUCAAGAGCCACCGAAGGUGGAAAUCACUCGCGUGAACACUGAUGAGUUUCCCCCACCUCCUCCUGAAGUGACUAUAGAAGCCCCUGCCGACCAGGGGCCGGAAACAGUCGAAGAAAAAAUCAGAUCAAGGUCUGUCUCGCCCGCCCAAGAACGGCGCCGCCGUCGUCGUGAAGAUAACAUCGCGAAAUACUGUCAAGCCUUGGGUGUUGAGGUCCAUAUUGUCGAGGGUACAGAAGGUUACUUUGACGAAAUACUCACUGAUCUGGGAUGGCAUGGACGUCUAAGCGACGAGAAAAAAAUCGAAGAUCUUGAGGCGGAUAUUCGGAGAGAGAUUGGACGCGUUCAAGCCACCAGUUGGCUCGGUAAUAUUGAACAGCAAGAAGGUAAAAUCGAUCAAUUAGCUAAGCUCAUUGAUCGAACAAUUGAAGAAUGUGAGGAACUGGACGGCCUGUUGACUCUCUAUUCUCAUGAACUUAGUACUCUGCAUGAUGAUGUUGCAUUCAUUGAAGCACAGUCUCAAGGUCUUCAGGUCCAGACCGCCAACCAGAAGCUUCUCCAGAGCGAACUGCAAAAUCUUCUCAAGACGCUUUCUAUCUCGGCCGAUGAUCUACGACCCCUGCAAGAAGUGUCGCUAAAUAGCGAAGAUGGUGUCCAUCAAACAGAGAUGAUUUUGUCAAUGCUCUACAAGGCAAUGUUGACUAUUGACUGCGACAUUAAUCAGAACAAGAAGCGCAUGGCUGAUGCUGCCGGUGAUUCCAGUAGUGUUGGUGUCUAUGCAGAUACUGAAAUUGGUCAAAUGCGAGCGAUUAGAGAGAAGAAAGACCAAUACCGCGCCGAGUCCGGCUACUUCUUACAACGUCUUAGGCAAUUCAUGUCUGUUGCAUUCAAGUCUAGUCAACAAAAACGGGUGAAUACGUCAUCGAAUUUUAUGAACGGCAAUCUGAAAUUCGACAGCACUGGUCACAAUGCAGCGCGUCAGGAUCUCUGGAUGUACUCCGCACUUAUGUUGUUUGCGCGAGAAGUCAGCUCGUCCGAGUGGGUUAUGCUGAUCAAUUUGUAUGAGCAAGAUUCCAAGACCCCGUACCAGAAUGAGUUGCGAGAUAAUCUCACGGCUUGGAAGAAGGCGGCCAAGAAGAGCUCCGGCGAAGAGAGUGAAAUACUAUUCACCCAUCAUGAGAAAGAAAAAGAAGGCGAGGGAUUGACUGGCGCAGCGCGUAAGUUGACCGUUAGGAGAGGUAAAACCGUCCGUGUUCAACAAGGACCCAAGAAUAUUGGUGAAAAGCAAGGCAGAUUAGACGUAUUUGAAGUUUUUACUGGCGCACUACAGGAAACGGUCAAGAUGAUUUCGGAGGAGCAGAAUUUCAUUGUGCAAUUUUUCCACCUAAAUUCGCUUACAACAGUGGAAUUCCCAGACAUAGUGGCUACGAGUGAUCCUGGCGAAAGACAGAUCCCAGAUUUCAGCAUAAAGCAAAUGCACGACCCAGAUCGUGAUUUUGCCAAACGGGUCGAACAGGUUAUUGACGGUAUCUUUUCCUUUUGGGGGACUGAUAUUCAGAACCUUGUAGAUUGGGUGUUGAAUAUUGAUCAACUACAAGGAGUUGGGGUUUUGGCUGCUGUUGAGGCGACUAUCUCCGAGUUCGAAGAUACGAAUCAGGACUUUAUUGUCCACACGCUGCAGAAAUUGCUUAAUCGUUUGAAUGGUCUCUUUAAUCGAUUCGUUGACCAACAGAUUAGGGGUAUUGAAGAAACGAAAGUCAAGAUUAAUAAACGAAAAGGGGUCAUUUCUUUCAUGCGGACAUUCCCUCACUUCUCUACAGCGGUUGAGAACAUGCUUGCGGUACAAUCGUCCUCCAACUUCUCCGAUGUUCGCUUAGCUGUCAACGAGGCGUACAACAAGAUCAACCGUGCGAUGUGGGAAAGCUUGAAAUUUAUUGCUAAAGAAGCCCCUGGCCAAGUCGGCGGCGCUACUGCUGGGGUAGGCGAUCCUGAAGACAAGGAAGCUCUCAAUUAUCACAUCCUUCUCAUUGAAAACAUGAAUCACUAUUUCGAAGAGGUCGAUGUUCGCGGUCUUCCAGUCCUGGAACGAUGGCGUGAUCGGGCAAUUCAGGAUUACCAUGAACAUAUGAAACUCUAUAUGGACGCGGUCAUUCGACGGCCUCUAGGAAAACUGCUGGACUUUAUUGAAUCGACAGAAUCAUUGCUCGCGAAUUCGAGCAACCCCACGGAUAUUGCUUCUCGCACCAGCCACUCAAAACCUGUGGUCAAGAAAUUGCUGUCAUCUCAUGAUAGCAAGGAAUUACGACGUGGCGCAGACCUCCUCAAGAAACGUGUUGAGAAACAUUUUGGCGAUGCAGACGACCCGGGGCUCAGCCGCAGCCUUGUAGUCAAAGUAUUCAACGAGUGCGCUACCAGGUAUGAAGACACCUAUGAUCGCCUCAUGAAGAUCGCCGACAGCGUCUAUGAAGGCCAGGUGGAACUUGACUGGAGUCGGGAUGAAGCAAGUUCGCUUUUCCGUCGUUAGCAGUUCUUAUCUAGUGUUGGUGUAUGAUCGAUCUAUGAAACCCUGUACUUGUUCUACGCGCAUGCAUUUUGGGGUGUUUGUUGUUCUCUUGGUUUGUUCGUAUUGCGUCCUAAUGGGACUAUGUUGUUGAUAUUGGAUUCUAUAAGGUCUUUUACUCCUAUGUCUCAUUGUAAAAGCAGCCUUACUUGCUUUGGACAAGAUAUCUAUAAUGUAUAUAUUUAUCAGCAGGAUGCUUGAUUGAAUUCCAGGUUUCGAUUUU